CAGGUUCCCUCAGUCAUGAUAGAUGCCGUACGACAAUAUGGCCUCCCCCUUUUCCCCUUAGAGACUUCCGAGUCUCCCGGCAUCGGAGAAACCCUCACAUUUGAGACAUUUGGGCGGAGUGGGCCAAUGGAACCCUUGGGCGACUCGCUGUCCGUCUCCCGUAGAAGGACCAACAUUAUCGUGCUGGAUGAUGAUGAGGAGGAUGAAGCAGCUGCCCAGCCAGGGCCUUCCUAUCCACCCCCAAAUCAGGCCCAACCCCUGGCUGCAGUCUCUGAUUCCCUCCCGUCCAGUGGGGAAGGCAGCAGCAGUAGUGGGGGCAGCAAGAAAUGCUACCAGCUGGAGAAUGAGAAGCUGUUUGAAGAGUUUCUUGAUCUAUGUAAGAAGCAAACUGGAGAACACCCCGAGGUCGUCCCAUUCCUCUUUAACCGACGGCAACGUGCUCGCCCUACGUUCCUGGCCUCAGCUGAGCUCCGAAAUGUGCUCUCUCGGGUCCUUUCCCGUGCCCAAACCCGGCCUACCAAACUCUAUGUCUACAUUAAUGAGCUUUGUACAGUGCUCAAAGCCCAUUCAAUCAAGAGGAAGGUGCCCCUAACCCCUGCUUCCACGUCCACCGAGUCCCCUGGGGAUGCACCUACCAAUCCUUCCUCUAAUCCUGCCCCUACUGAAGAAACUGCUCCUGGCUCCCCACGACCCCGAGGUUCACGGAGACAGAUCCAGCGCUUAGAGCAACUGCUGGCAUUAUAUGUAGAAGAGAUAAAACGACUACAGGAAAAGGAGCUGGACCUAUCCGAGCUAGAUGACCCGGACUCUGCAUAUUUGCAGGAGGGGCGGCUGAAACGUAAACUGCUAGGACUCUUUGGGCGUCUGUGUGAGUUAAAAGCAUGUAGCUCACUGACAGGUCGUGUGACUGAGCAGCGGAUACCCUACCGGGGCACUCGAUACCCAGAGGUCAACCGAUGUGUGGAGCGUCUCAUCAACAGGCCUGGCCCAGAUGCCUUUCCUGAUUAUGGGGAUGUCCUUCGGGCUGUGGAAAAAGCAGCCACGAGACAUGGCCUCUGCCUCCCAAGGCGACAGCUCCAGCUCCUUGCUCAGGAUGCCUUUCGGGAUGUUGGCACCAAGUUACAAGAGCGGCGCCAUCUUGAUCUUGUCUACAACUUUGGCUGUCACCUCACAGAUGACUAUAGGCCAGGCAUUGACCCUGCAUUGUCAGACCCCAUCCUGGCCCGUAGGCUUCGAGAGAACAGGAGCUUGGCACUCAGUCGGCUGGAUGAAGUGAUCUCCAAAUAUGCAUUGAUGCAGGAUGAGAGUGAGGAGGGUGAGAGACAAAGAAAGAGAGCCCGAUUUUCCCAAGGCAACUCCCCUCACAAUGAAGACCUUCCAACAGCGUCAACAGAGUUGGGAGAGGGCCCUAGUGGGAAAAAAUCCACAUCUUGUCCCACUGUCUCCAAAAUUGAGACAGAUGAGGAUGAGGAUGAAGAAGAUGAUGAGGAAGAAGAUGAAGAAGAUGAAGAUGAGGAGCUCACAGAUUCAGAGGAAGAAAUGGAAGACAGCCAGGAGGGCCUCGGGGAGGAAGAUGAGCCAGGUAAGAGUCAUGUAGCUUCUCAGUCUCCAUCUCAGAGGAUUGCUGAGGAGAAGCUGGAGCCUGAACAGAGGAUUGACAGCAGCAGCUCUUCAGUGGAGGAAGAUGAAGCAGGAAUGUCAGGGUCAUACUCCCUACCUCAAAGGAAGAAACCUGUUCCCAUUUGCCUUGAGAAAAAAGACAAUGGGGAACAGCUCCCAUCAGAAGAGUUGUCCCAGGAUGCUGAAAGCCCAGCCUCCCAACUAUUUGAGUUGGUGAUUGAAGCCUUACCCUUGGACACAGUCCCCUCUCCUGAGGAUAGGGACCUCCCUUCUCCCACGAAGUGCCCAGUACCUCCCCUCCCCACCAGCCUCCUGGAGAAUGGGGCACCCACUGUUACCUCUACUUCCUUCAAUGGUGGGGUGUCUCCUAACACCUUGAGGGUUCCUAGUCCCUCCCUCAAGAAGUCUCUGAAGGAAGACAUGGCAGAAACAGAACUAAUCGAGCACAGCUGCAUUGAGGUGCAAACUGUAGAGGAACAAGAGAAUGGGAAGAGGUUUCACUUUCCCAGUGCCCCCUCCCCCUUGGCUUCUUCCUUGGUUCUAGUUGCUGACUCUUCCACUGCAGCAGAUUCACCCAGCCAUGGCUUGGUCAGCAGCUCUAGGUGUAGCCCUCCACCGCCUAGGCCCCCUAGACUACAAGCUCCCAGGCCUGCAGCCUUCAAGAUGAGUGUGGCAACACAAUGUGACCCUGAAGAGAUCAUCAUCCUCUCAGACUCUGACUAGCUGUCUGGCUUUCCCUGCCCUCACUUCCCACGGUUGUUUUUGGGGGGGGGGGCGGGGGGAGGGAGGGAGCUGAGA